AUGGAGGAUCUUACCCAUACCAAUGUUUUAACCCAAAUUGGUGAGGAUAUUAUUCCUGGUGACCGUCCACCUACUCCAUCCACAAUGGAUAUGGACACCGACUCCGAAGACCAAGAUUUGGAUGACUCCAAUACCCAAAUCAAACCAGAUGCAGCCAAAGUAUUGUCCGUACCCUCACAUCAGGCCUUUCCACAAGCUCCUACGGUUCCUGGACCUCUCUCUCAGUUACAAUCAUCUGGAUUGUCCAAAGCGGAAUUGCGGCGUGUGACCAAGGCUGAGUUCGAGCGGAAUUGCUCCCAUCCGGUUCCUGUGCUCCGUCAGCUGCAGACUGGUCCUGACAUCCCGGAUGAUGCCAUCGAACACAUUGAGGCUGCUGCUGCGAUAUGUGAGGCCAGAGUUAUCAAUCUGCGUAAAGGCAUUCAUCCACCACCAAGCGACAAGGUGAUUGUCAUUGACUUAACACGAGAUGAUACGCCUGAUCCUACUGUCAUUCGACGAUCGGACCGUCAGACUAGUGGUGUCAAGAACUAUGCCGGCUCCCAAGUCCCCACCAAAAAAAGACCACGUCUUGCACUUGAUCCGGUCCGAGAUGAUGGUGAAGAAGAAAACCCUGAGGAGGAAGAAGAUGACUUGGACCAACCAAAUGAUAGAGACAACUUGGACUCUACGAUUCUUCCGAAUGAACAACAAAACAAGCCAGUCCCUGAUGAACAUCCCGUACAAACUCAGACUCAAAAAACUCCUCUACGUAAUGAAGCUGGAAGUUCUUCUAAUGAACAACCAAGUCAGCCAGUUCCUGAGAAAAAUCCGUUUCAAACUCAGAAUCAAGAAUCUCCACCGGAAUCUCCUCCACGGAAUGAACUUGGACCUUCUUCGAAUGAACAAUCAAGUCAGCCAGCUCCUGAGAAAAAUUCGGUUCAAACUGAGACUGAAAAAUCAACUUCAACGGAAUCUCCUUCACGUACUCAAGUUGGAACUUCUUCAGGUCCAACUCAUUCCAACUCUUGUUCGCCCAAAACUAUUGAACCAGUCACACAUCAGAUUGAUCCUAUCACGAAUCCCACCUCCAACUCAACCAUUGAUCCGAGAAUUGAUCCAAACAUCACUGUCCAAACGGUUUCAACUGGAGCUAGCUCUUCCACCCAGGCAGCAAGUAGCUUGGGACCGGCCUCUACCAAUCCCAAUGCAGCACUUGAGAACUCUGCACCACCCAAAGAAUCUGCCGAAUUACCUUCAACAGGACAGAUUACGAACCCGGUGGACAAAUCCUGA